ACAGGCUGUGACGAUGCUGUGCUUGGAACAUUACCUUCCAAAUUCUCGUCUCCUCUUCUCUUCCCUUCUUUCUCUCUCGAAGAACUUUUCUGCAAUUGGGUGUAGAUUCCAAUCCAAAUACUCAUCAUGAGCUCCGUUUUCCAGCUGCAGAGAAAGCAAUCUCUUCCUCUCUCACAGUCGGCUACCCGUGAGGCCUCUGGGCCCGGGAUCCGCCACCGGCUCUCCUCUCUCUCCCUGAAUCUAAAGAUCCAGCCGUCGUCCUCCCCGGCCGCUGCGUGGGCCAUGCGGCGCUCCAAAUCCAUAUCCGCCAUGGGCGAAUACGCCGGCAGCUCCGUGAGGAAGUGGUGGGAGUGGGGAUGGGGAUGGAUCCUCACCCGAAAACCUACCUUCGCCGCCGAUCUGGAAAUGAACGAGGAAGAGGUCGCUGCCAUCGGCAGCCACAGCAGGGGCAGCUGGCGCCACGUCUUCUACAAGCUCACCUCCCAGCUCCGCCGCAAGCUGCUCGGCUCCGACAAUGUCGGUCUCCCCCAGACCUUCCGCUACGAUUCCUUCAAGAAUUUCGACAAUGGAAGGUCCUCCGCCUCCUUCAUCCACUGAUCUACCAUUCCUUCAUGCGAUUCUACUGUUCGGAUAAUCGUUCUUUCAUUUAUUGAUUGCCGGUAUUAUUACGUAUAUUCGAUCCCCCUUUUUGGCUCAAUUCUGCUGUCUCUCAAAUUCAGUUACGCUUAAUCUGAGGGGAUCGGCCCGGCCGGUAUCAAAUCUUUCAUUGUGCGUGUGAUUAAUUAAUUCAUAUAUAGCGUUUUGUAUGAUAUUCUUUUUAAUUAGUUGUUUCAUUUAUCAUGAGUAGUUUGGUUUGUAAUUCGUUGAAAUAUAUGAAGAUGGCCACUUAAUUGUAAAAUGUUCCAUACAAAUCUGAAUUCAGCUCUGCUAAAUUUCAUGAA